AUGGCUCACAACAACUUCGUCAUUAACACUCCAGCGCCCAAUGUUUCGUUCUUCACUCCUGCUCAAGAGAUCCCCGCGGGUACGGCAAUCGACCCCCAACCAAGCGGAAAGCCCAUACCAACACUGUUUCAGCCGCUGAAAAUUCGCGGCGUAGAAUUCCAGAAUCGUAUAUUUUUGGCUCCCCUUUGCCAAUACUCUGCGGAUGACGGUAAACCCACGUCGUGGCAUCUUGCUCAUUUGGGUGGGAUUUUCAAACGCGGCCCCGGCUUGUCCUUCGUGGAGGCGACCGCCGUCCUAUCAGAGGGCCGUAUCACGCCGCAGGAUGCCGGCAUUUGGUCAGACGACCACAUAGAACCAUGGAAGCACAUCGUCGACUUUGCGCACUCUCAAAACCAGAAAAUCGGCAUUCAACUCGCCCAUGCGGGACGCAAGGCAUCUACUGUCGCUCCAUGGCUGAACAGAGGUCUAGCUGCAUCAGAAAUUGAUGGCGGUUGGCCUGAUAACGUCUUUGGACCGAGUGCUAUUCAGUACAAUGAAGGAUUCCCUCAUCCACAGGAGCUGACAAAGGCCGGUAUCAAGGGCGUUGUUCGCGCAUUCGUGGACGCUGCGAGAAGAUCGCUCAAAGCGGGUUUCGACGUGAUCGAAGUCCAUGCUGCACAUGGAUUCCUCUUGAACGAAUUUUUGACACCUAUUUCAAACACGCGCACGGAUGAAUAUGGUGGUAGCUUCGAGAACCGGAUACGACUGCUGAUCGAAGUCGUGGAUGCUGUGAGAGCAGUCAUUCCUGCCACGAUGCCUCUUUUUGUUCGCGUGUCCGCCACAGAUUACCUCGACGAGGUAUUCCCGAACGAAGCGUGGCGCCUUGAAGACACCGUCCGACUAGCAGCAAUUCUUGCCGAACACGGUGUCGAUCUUAUCGACGUAUCCAGCGGCGGUGUUCAUCCUGCACAGAAAUUGAAGUCAGCGCCAUUUGCGACACAGGUCCCGCUCUCCAGAGCGAUCCGAGCUGCGAACGGAGAAAAGAUUCUCGUUGGUGCCGUUGGGGGUAUCACGACUGGCCAGUACGCACAAGAGAUCCUCGACGAGGGCUCUGCAGACGUGAUCUUUGUUGGGCGACAGUUCCAAAAGGAUCCUUCAGCUGUCUGGACUUUUGCUCGAGACCUCGGAGUCUCAGUCACCGUAGCACAUCAGAUUGAGUGGGUGUUUGCUGGCAGGGGCAGUGGCGGGAAGCGCACGGGCGUAUAG